AACUAUUUCUCAAUAUUAAAUAAGCGGUCAAGGUCCAUCGUCAGCUCCUGCCAUCUAUCAACAUUUCAAAGUAUUAAUACGUGAAUUGAAAUUGUCUAUUUUCUAGUUUCUCUUGCUGGUGUUCGGGUUCUCGUAAGCAAAAUGGAAAUCGCAAUUUUGAGUGUGUCGGAUAAAACUGGAUUGAUUGAUUUUGCUAAGAGAUUGCAUAAUGCUGGAUUAAAACUUGUUGCUUCUGGAGGAACAGCAAAGGCUAUUAGAAAUGCAGGAUUACCUGUUAGAGAUGUUUCUGAUUUAACAGGAGCUCCGGAAAUGUUAGGAGGACGAGUUAAAACAUUACAUCCUGCUGUUCAUGCAGGAAUUCUUUCUCGUAAAACACCUUCAGAUAAAGCAGAUAUGGAUCGUCAAGGAUACGAAUUUGUGAGUGUUGUUGUUUGUAAUCUGUAUCCUUUUAAAAAGACAAUAGCUGAUCCUAAUGUAACAGUAGCUGAUGCAGUUGAGCAAAUUGAUAUUGGUGGAGUUACAUUAUUACGUGCUGCUGCAAAAAAUCAUGAUAGAGUAACUGUAAUAUGUGAUCCCAAUGAUUAUAAUCUUGUUGCUUCUGAACUUGAACAGUCAUCAGCACAUUCUACAUCAUUAGAAGUGAGAAAAAAUCUUGCAGUUAAGGCAUUUAAUCAUACUGCAGAAUAUGAUGCAGCUAUCUCUGAUUAUUUUCGUCGUCAGUAUUGCAAAGGAGUAUCACAACUUCCGUUAAGAUAUGGCAUGAAUCCUCAUCAAAAUCCUGCUCAGAUCUAUACUACAGAAAAACAACUUCCAUUUAAUGUUGUAAAUGGAUCUCCUGGAUUUAUAAAUCUUUGUGAUGCACUAAAUUCUUGGCAGUUGGUAAAAGAAUUAAAAACCUCUCUUGGAUUGCCUGCAGCAGCUUCAUUCAAACAUGUCAGUCCAGCUGGAGCAGCAGUUGGAGAUAGUCUUACUCUUGAACAAGCUAAAGUUUGUAUGGUUGAUGAUUUAUAUAAACAAUUAACUCCUUUAGCUAUUGCUUAUGCUAGAGCACGUGGUGCUGAUAGAAUGUCUUCCUUUGGUGAUUUCAUUGCUUUAUCUGAUCCAUGUGAUGAAAUUACAGCAAAAAUAAUUUCAAGAGAAGUUUCAGAUGGUAUUAUAGCUCCUGAUUAUACACCAGCAGCAUUUGAAAUAUUGAAGAAGAAGAAGGGUGGUGCUUAUUGCAUGUUAAAGAUGGAUCUUGCUUACGAACCUGCAGUUAUGGAAUCUAAAGUGUUAUUUGGAUUGACAUUGGAACAGAAGAGAAAUAAUGCUUUGAUCAACAAAGAUUUGUUUGACACUAAAAAUAUAGUUUCAAAGAAUAAAAAUUUAUCCAAAGAAGCUCUGCGAGAUUUAAUUGUUGCUACGACAGCUGUAAAAUACACUCAGUCCAAUUCCGUGUGCUAUGCAAAAGACGGUCAGGUAAUUGGGACUGGUGCAGGACAACAAUCCAGAAUUCAUUGUACCAGAUUGGCUGGAGACAAAGCAAACAAUUGGUGGUUACGUCAACAUCCUAAAGUGACAGGAAUGGUAUUUAAGAAAGGUGUCAAACGAGCAGAAAUGUCAAAUAUCAUUGAUGUUUUUGUUGCAGGAAGUAUUGGAAAGGAUAUGUCUAGAGAGACUUUUGAAUCAGCUUUAGAAAAUCCACCCUCUCCUCUAACUGAGUCAGAAAAAGAACAAUGGAUUUCUCAAUUGUCUGGUGUGGCCUUGAGUUCGGAUGCAUUUUUUCCAUUCCGAGAUAAUAUAGAUCGUGCACGCCAAAGCGGAGUACAAUAUAUCAUCAGUCCUGGUGGAUCUACUAAUGAUGAAGCAGUUAUCGAAGCGUGCAACGAAUAUGGAAUUAUUUUGUUUCACUCAAAACUGCGUUUGUUCCAUCAUUAAUCCUUUUAUCAAUUAAAUAAAUUCACCAGUUUUCAAAAAAUGUUAAUCUGUAUCCAAACAAAUAAAAUACUGUAUAAGCAAUCUUCCUUGAGAAUAUCUAACUUUUAAUAAUCUGCAUUAUUGUAAUUAAAGUUGUAACACACUUUUUAAAGCAGAGAAUCAAAAUAUCUUCUAUAUCUAUCAGGACUUACAGCUAUUAAAUACUUAAUUGUAUUUUGUAGUUGGAAUAGGUUUCAGCCCUAAAUCUUUAAAACAUAUUGUCUUUGUAUAGCAGAUUCUGAGCAGUCAAUGAUGCAUCUAAAAUUUUCAAAGACCCAGUUUUUUAACUGCCUCCUGUGGCCAUUAUAUAUGUUU